GGGAGCGGGGGAGGACACAUACACACACACAUACACUGCCAACCCGGCGACGAGGUUGGGCCUGCGGUGCCUGCCUGCAACCCAGGAAACAUGGAGCUCGAGAAUAUCGUGGCCAACACUGUUCUGUUGAAGGCGAGAGAAGGAGGGGGUGGGAACAGAAAAGGCAAGAGCAAGAAAUGGAAACAGAUGCUUCAGUUCCCUCAUAUAAGCCUUUGCGAGGAGUUACGUCAAACUAUAGAGAAAGACUACAACAGUCUUUGCGAGCGGCAGCCGAUUGGACGCUUGCUCUUCCGGCAGUUCUGCGACACCAGGCCGGAGUUGAGGCGCUGUGUCAGAUUCCUGGAUGCUGUGGCGGAGUAUGAGGUAACGCCUGAUGAGAAGAGGAAGGAAUGUGGACAGGAACUUCUAGACAAGUACCUCAACACAAAGUUCUUCUGUUUGCAGUCAGAAGACUACAUCCCUGAGGUAACAGAGGAGAUGGUGACUAAGUGUGCAGACCGCUUGCAACAGGAGGCAUGUAAAGAGCUCUUCAUGGAGUGCACCAAAUUGAUCCAUGACUACCUGAGCGUGGCCCCCUUCGCAGACUACCUCGAUAGUAUGUACUACAGUCGCUUCUUACAGUGGAAAUGGCUUGAGAGACAGCCGAUCACAAAAAACACAUUCCGUCAGUAUAGGGUUUUGGGAAAGGGAGGCUUUGGCGAGGUCUGUGCGUGUCAGGUGCGGGCCACAGGGAAGAUGUACGCCUGCAAAAAGCUGGAAAAGAAACGCAUCAAAAAGAGGAAAGGAGAAUCUAUGGCCCUGAACGAGAAGCAGAUUCUGGAGAAAGUCAACAGUCGGUUUGUUGUGAGUUUAGCAUACGCAUACGAGACGAAAGAUGCCCUGUGUUUGGUGCUGACGCUCAUGAACGGAGGAGACCUGAAGUUCCAUAUCUACCACAUGGGGGAGGCAGGGUUUGAUGAGAAGAGAGCUGUGUUUUAUGCUGCUGAGAUCUGCUGCGGGUUAGAAGACCUCCAUCGGGAGAGGAUAGUAUACAGGGAUUUGAAACCAGAAAAUAUUCUAUUGGAUGAUCAUGGUCAUAUACGUAUAUCAGACCUGGGCUUGGCUGUGCAUGUACCAGAAGGUCAGACAAUCAAAGGCCGGGUGGGCACUGUGGGAUACAUGGCCCCAGAGGUGGUGAAGAACGAGCGUUACACAUUCAGUCCAGACUGGUGGGCUCUCGGCUGUCUCCUCUAUGAGAUGAUCGAGGGUCAGUCGCCUUUUCAGCAGCGCAAGAAGAAAAUCAAGCGGGAGGAAGUGGAGCGGCUGGUUAAAGAGGUGGAGGAGGAAUAUUCCAGCAAGUUCUCAGAGGAUGCCAAAUCACUCUGUAAAAUGCUGCUAGCCAAAGAUCCCAGUGAGAGGCUUGGCUGUCAGGGAGGUGGGGCCUCAGAAGUGAAAGCCCACCUUAUUUUCCGUUCCAUCAACUUCAAGAGGCUUGCAGCAGGAAUGCUCGAAGCCCCCUUUAUUCCAGAUCCUCAGGCCAUUUACUGUAAGGAUGUGUUGGACAUUGAGCAGUUCUCCACAGUGAAGGGUGUGGAGCUGGAGCCCAAAGACGACUCCUUCUACAGCAAAGUAUCCACUGGAUGUGUUCCCAUCCCAUGGCAAAAUGAGAUGAUAGAGACAGAGUGUUUUAAAGAACUCAACAUCUUGAACUUGGACGGCACUGUGCCUCCUGACCUGGACUGGAGGGGUCAACCUUCACCCCCACCCAAACAGGGCUUACUGCAGAGACUCUUCGGCCGUCAGGACUGCUGUGGAAACUGCAGCGACAGUGAGGAGGAGCCCACAAGGCUGUGAAGGGGCAUGGCCUGUCCAGGGGCUUUCACCACUGAGGAUCUCAUUUGUUUACAGUUUUGCACAUUUGUAUUUUUAAGAUAGCUCUAUAUAAACAUUUGGAAUGUAUAUUUUCACUAUAUAGCCAUGCAGUCUAUGUUAUUUAAAAUCAUCGAAAGGACAAAAAAAGGGGGUCCCAAUUAUCGUCCUUUAUCCGUGUGUGAAGUACGGCAAGGACGAAACUUUCAACACUGCUCAAGUCUCAAACGCGGUUGACCCAGCCGUUACUGUACAUUUCAUCAGUAUGUGUCGCAGCCUCUUUUUUUUUAUUUUUGCGCUUUUAAUUUCAGUUUUCUGGUCUGGGAUGAUUUCACACACAUGUACAGUAUGCACUCUGAAUAUUUGUUUUAGACGCGGGGAGCAAUGGAAAUUUGCUUUUGCAGAUAUUUUUAUAUUUAUAUUUUGAAUUUUAUUUUCAUAUGGAAAUCUCGACAAUCAAAUGACACCAUUUGUAUAAAACAGUGCUAAAUGUGCAUUAAUGGAUUUCAACUAUAAAACCGAGGGAAAUUUGAACGUCAUUCAUUCUCAAAUAUGUAUUGUACGGUUUCUUAGAGCUAGAGCAACCUAGAAAACCAAAUAGGCGUGGCUAAAGUGCAGAUUUGUACAAUAACAACGGUUGUACCAUGUUGUAAAUACGCGACACUCAUCUGUAAAGUCUUCAGUGCGUCUUCCUACAAGUACGACUAUGGAUAAUUGGGAAUAAACAUCCCGAUUGUAGUCCUGUUUGGCCCUUACGUUAACUAACGAGGCAUUAUUUUAUUAAGUUUCACAAGAUGGCGUUCUCAUUCGUCAAAUUCCUGCUAUUGAAGAGUGAAAGACUUUAUUACUCAACCAGGUCGACAUCGCUUAAUAGUUGUCGUUUUAUAAAUGCGCAAUUUUUCGAGCUGCAUACAAUUAAAUCGCUGCUUUUUUUAACACGUAGGUCAACCUAAAAUUAAUUAGCCAAAAAGAAAUGUUUCGUGUUACGUCUCCCCCAGCAAUCACAAUAAGCUCUGUUGUGUUUUCGAUAUGAUAUCUUGGGAAUUUUUUUGUUGUAAAUUUGAUGCACUUAAGACCAAACCAGUUAAAUUUUUGUCCUCCAUCUUCAUAGAUGGUGCCUUUUCAAGGUUUUAAGGUACUCAUUGUCCUUGAUAGGGUUUGUUUGUUUUCAAAUUCGAAAUAUCUUCAUCUUGGCUUACAAUUUUGUGCGCACACUUUCUCUUUUCUUUGCUGUUGUUUUACCUCAGACAUAACUUUUUUUAUUUUAUUUUAUUUAUUUCUUUUUUCAAAACGUGUUGGGCAUCGUAGUGUCUCGCAAAAGGCUUUGGGACUUUGUAUUAAAGCCUGGCUGAAUGCGUAACAUCGGCGGUGACCUGCCAACUCAAGGGUUUGUUAAACAUAGCGUGUUUUGGAGGAAGUCAACAGACAUCCGGUCAGCGAUUUUAAACAUGGCGGCUCCUUGACAGUCGACACAUUUCUCAUCCACCUGCAGUUUACCUUAAUUCUCUUGGAAAAACUCAAAAACAUUCCAGUCUCUACUGUACUGUACAGUUGUAAAAUUGAUUCAGUUGUUUGUUUUUUGGCUUAUUUAGCAAUAAUGGAUUUUAUAAGUAUAACAACUAUAUAUAAAUGUGUACAAAAUGACAACAUUUCAAAAUCUAGAGCGAGAUGGAACUUAGUUUGACUCAAUGUUUUCCUGAGCCAGGCAUUUAACACUGUGAAGUGAUCAUUUUCUGUCACAGUUGUACAUUUUUGUUUUUCUUUUGUGCAAUGCACUGAUAUGUUCUUCGUUUUGUGUCGUGAAUUCAUAACUAUGUAUGUAUGCGUGCCUAAAUGCGGUGAGUGUAUGUUCGCUUUUACCUGCGCUGCAUGUGUCCAUGUUCUUUAUCAUAACCACUAAUGGAUGCCAUUAUUAUUUUUAUUUUAUUUAGAAUUUCUUUGGGCCAUAAAUGAGUGAAAUGUGACGUUCCAGGGAAGCUUUUCAGUGUUUAAAUUUUUUCUUGUUGAGAGGAAUAGGGAUGAACUAGCCUCACUUACUAAUAAUAAUAAUAAUCUUAUCCAUCAUUACACUGUAAAAAGAGAUUAGUUACUUUACCUAAAAUUUUAUUAAAAGAAACACUCUAGGCUAAUUUACAACACCAUUAAAGUUAAAUCGUAAUUGAAUUGAAUUAGACCGUUAGCAUCUUGCUCAAAAAUGUGUUUAAAAUUUUUUCCUAUUUAAAGCUUAACUCUUCUUUAGGUUAAUUUUUUUAGAGAGAUGGUCUAAUCAAGUUCAAUAAAUUAUGCUAAGCUAAGCUAAAAGUGCUCCCGUCACACUCCAAGAUCAGUUAAAUGGAUUCAAAAAUGCUAAAACUCAACUGUUUAACUCUAGGGGAGUUGUAAAAUGAGCAUAUUUUCAGAAAAACUGGAGUAUUCCUUUAAAAAAGUAAAUUAAAAGUAAAUUCAUAGUAACUUGGAACUGUUAAGUUGAUUUAACUUAAUUUUUAUAGAGGUAAACUGCAAAUUUUAUUUACUACAUCCUUAAAGUUAACCUGUUGCGUUUCAACAUAUUUUAAACCAUUCACCUGUUCUCUGGGUCACUCUGGAGCUCUUUUAGCUUAGCUUAGCAUAAAUAAUUGAAUUAGAUUAGACCAUUAGCAUCUUGCUCAAAAAUAAGUUUUAAUAUUUUUCCCAUUUAAAGCUUCUGUAGGUUGUUUUUUAAAGAGAUGCUAAUGGUCUAAUCAAAUUCAAUGAUUUAUGCUAAGCUAAGCUAAAAGUGCUCCCGUCAGACUCGGAGAUCAGUUGAAUGCUUUUAAUAAUGCUAAAACUUAACUUGAUGUAACUUAAUUUUUAUAUUUAUGCCCCUAGUUUAUUUACCUAAUUUUAUAGCAACAGGUUUACUCACAGUAAAAUCAAUGAAUCGUUUUUUUGUUGUAGUAAUACUAAUCAAUUCAAUAUCAUGUUUUCCUUGAACCAGUGCUGAAGGUAAACGGCAAAAUUAAUUUACAACACCCAUUAAGUUAAAUUGUUGUGUUUCACCAUUUUUUUUAACCACCUGAUUUCUGGGUUUCUCUGGAGAACUUUUAGCGUAGCUUAGCAUAAAUAAUUGAAUCGGAUUAGACCAUUAGCAUCUAGCUCAAAAAUGAGUUUCAAUAUUAUUCUUAUUUAAAACUUGACUCUUCUGUAGUUUUUUUUUUUUCGAAAGAUGCUAAUGGUCUGAUCCAAUUCAAUGAUUUAUGCUAAGCUAAGCUAAAAGUGCUUUCAUCACACUCAGAGAUCAGUUGAAUGGAUUCAAACAUGCUAAAACGCAACUGUUUAAUUCUAGGGGAGUUGUAAAAAGAGCAUAUUUUCAGAAAAACUGGGAUGUUCUUUACAAAAAAAAAACAAGUAAAUUGAUUGUAACUUGGAAUUGCUUAGUUGAUUUAACUUAAUUGAUAUAUUUUUAUAUUUAUAACCCUAGUUUAUUUACCUAAUUUAAUAGCAACAGGUUCACUCGCAGUAAAACCAAUUAAUUGUUUUUGUUACAGUGUAGUAAUUCCAAUCAAUUCAAUAUCAUGUUUACCUCGAAGCAAUGCUUGAAGUAAACUCCAAAUCUCAUACAAAACUAGACUUGUGCUGAGGAUUAACCAUGCCAAUGCUUUAGAGGUCAGUGUCAACAUGUGAACGACAUGCCUCCAGCCACAUUUGUCAGUGUUAUUAAUUCAUUUCAGUUGCAAACAAUAAAAACACCCAUUGAAAUGAACUCUUAUAUUAUUAUUGAUGCUUUUUUUAAGACUAUAGACAAGUGAGAUUAUACGUAAAUCUUAUAAGCCUCAAAGUGUACAGUGCCAUUUCUAGUGUCAUUUUCCCAUUAACAUGUCAUUGAGGGCUAUAGAAAUAAAUUUGACCUAUUUAGUAACUGAGUAUAAUACGCUAGUGCGAGGUAAGAAUGGUAUAUAACUGGAGAAUCUGGUGGUUUAAUUGGUCAAUAGGCUGCUUUUGUUUCACCUAAUAUUUAAUUCAAGUUUUGAGCAUCAUUUUAAGGCAACAGGUUUUCAUUUUUUGACUAUUUUGUAUAUUGAAGUCCAUAACCGUUUUAUUUGAGGCUAGAAGAUUGUGUUUCUUUGCAGUGAAAACUUGUACCUGUUUAUCCCUGUUCUUGAAGCCUUAUUUGUAUGUGAUACAAGAAAAAAUGGUUUGUGGAUUGCACAUUGAAUACAAUUCUUUCGCUGAGCUCAAAGUUAAUUCUCACUCAGGUUACUGCCAUUGUUAUGUAUGUUUGUUUGUUUUUGCUUAAUAUAAGGCCUUACUGAUAGAAUAAUGUCAAGUUACUGGUUUCUAUUUUCAGGUUGCAUUAAAGAGAUGCCACUGGGAACGUUGUUUAUAGACUUUGAUGUAAAAUUGUGUUGUUGAUGAUGACGAUGUUGAAGGAGUUUGUCGAGUAAAUGUUCUGUCCUGUCAAAGCACUGAUGCUCAAUUUCCCCGUUUAGUUUCUGCUGUCUGUCUCUGGCCUGUGAAGCCUGUACAUUACGCAUGGCCUCUCAUGCAGGUCUUCAGUGUAAUAAACUGAAUUUUGGUUCUUGUUUUUCUUUUUUUUCCUGCAUUAGCAUUUAUCUUCAAUAAAUUUUUAUUUGGUUA